AUGAAUUAUAUUCGAAUAUACGAUAAUGAGACAAAGCAAACUACUCGUCUGCUACUUAAACAAGAUAAUAUUAUUCGAAAAGAUUAUUUUGUUAAAACAUUUCCUGGUGCUACAGGAAUAUUAUUUAAAGACGAACAAUCAAAUGAAUUUGUUUCGAUACCAGAAGACAGUUAUGGAAACUUUCAAUUUGAAUGGGAUAAAAAUGUUCUUUACGAGUUAAAUUCUAUUGCUCAUUAUAAAAAUCGUUGCUUAGCAUCAUCGUCAGCAUUAUCAUCAGCAGCAUCAUCAUCGAAUAAAUUGGAAUUUCCGAAUUGGCUCAAGGUGGCUGCCGGUAUUAUUGUAAUGCGGAUCGGGUCGAUCAUUCCAUCGCUUUGGUCGAACAUUUAUGAAGAGGUGGUUAUUAUACUGGGUAAUAAUUCUUGA